UGACUUUAAUGAAAGUGAGACUGGAUCAUGCAGUGCUUCAUCCAGGUGCAUCCUGACUUUCCUCCUCCUCCUCCUCCUCAGGUUUCUUCGGUCUUCUCCUUCAUCGCAUUCUUCUCGGAGAGCCAAUCAGAGCUCGCGUACCUGCAGGAAGUUUGCCCCGUUAUUCUCCUCCCUCACGAGUGACCUCCCGCUUUCGCUCAUCGCAGACUGCAUGGAAGCAGAAGUCCACGAGCUGACAUCAGAAGUCCUCCAGCCAUGCAGUUCCAGCACUCGCACGCGGCUCUUUACGCGCCGACGCCCGCGCCGCCCGCUCACCCGACGCCCUUCUACAUCGAGGACAUUCUGGGCAGGAACGCGUCCGCGUCCGGUCCGGUGGCGCCCACGCUGACCCUGCCGUCUCCGAACUCGUCCUUCACCAGCCUGAUCCCGUCUUACCGGACCCCGAUCUACGAGCCCACGCCGAUCCACCCGGUUCUGACCCAGCACGCGCUCGCGGCCACCUACGCGUCCAUCUACCCGUUCCAGCGAGACUUCACGCACGCGCUGAUCCGCCACGACCCGCUGGGUAAGCCUCUGCUGUGGACGCCGUUCCUCCAGCGGCCGCUGCACAAGAGGAAAGGCGGACAGGUUCGCUUCUCCAACGACCAGACCCUCGAGCUGGAGAAGAAGUUCGAGACGCAGAAGUAUCUGUCUCCUCCCGAGAGAAAGAGACUCGCCAAGAUGCUGCAGCUCAGCGAGAGACAGGUGAAAACGUGGUUCCAGAACCGUCGGGCGAAAUGGAGGCGACUGAAACAGGUGAGAAUUCUCACUUCUGCUCUUAACACGCUUUUUUUAUUAUUGUAAUAACUAUACUAAAUCCUAUGCGUUAUCAUAAUAAUCCUAAAUAAUAACCAGACCUUUACAGCAAACAAAAACACAACUAAAACAACC